AUGAGCGAGGCGUCGUCUUCUCCGCGCUCCGUUAGCUCCAUUGCGCCCACAUCUGCCUCUGGGUCGCGGAGCAACAGACACCAUGGAAACCAGGCAUUUGCUAACAUCUCUGCGAUGGAUCUACUGCAAACGCUACCGCUCACCGCCGCCGGUCGUCCCGCGCUCUUCGGCAACGAGGUGGAGAUUUACAGCGAGGAGCACAUCGGUCUGUAUGACCGCACUUUCAAGACGCCGCACUUGCACGGCCGCUGCUCGGUCACCACACACCGCCUUUUCUACAUGGACGAGACAAGUUCUCCACCCGUGGCGUUUUUCGUGCCGCUGGAGUGGAUCACACGCAUUACGAAGGAGGCAGGCUUCUUGCAACGCUCCGCUAAAGUGCGGGUGGACUUGACAGCGCGCACACAGCCACAAGCUACGUCGUUCUUGAAGUUGUCGUUUAAAGAUGGAGGACGAGACGACUUUUUCAGUCCCUUAGAAGCCUCGUUGAAGCGGAAAGCUUGGAAAGAUAUGCAACCAAGUCAUUUGGCUGAUAGACGACUGGUAAAGCGGCAGUUCAACGCUGCGGAUGCAGGGAUUGCUGGCAUUAUGCGUCGCCAACAGGAGGCACAGAAAGAGACAACGGAAUUGGCCGCCACAGCGUUCUCUGACUUGGCUAACCUGAUGCUUAAGGCUAGAGAUAUGGUAAGUCUGAUUGAACGGUAUGUGGACGCCCAGAAAGGCGUGGAAACGAAUGGAGAAGACGGAAAUACGACGUCUAGGGAGGACGAUAUCAACAAGCUCAGCUCGUUGAUGCUGGAUAUGGGUAUCACCAGUCCAGUGACGCGAGAGAACUCAGGUGGAGCGUACUACGAACAACUUGCACGGCAACUUGCAGAGUAUCUUAGCGAUCAUAUGCCGAAGCAUGGAGGGAUCAUGACUCUGUCGGACAUCUACUGUAUGUUCAAUCGAGCACGCGGUGUAGAGCUGGUGUCUCCGGAUGAUCUGUAUCAUGCAGCACUGCUGCAAAGAAAGCUGAAACUCGGGUACAGUGUGCGCAAGUUCCCUGGUGGACUGAUCGUGCUGCAAACAGACUCACAUCGCGAAGACAAAGUGGCUGAUCGCCUCGCCAAGAUGGCACAGAAGUCCAGUUCCGGCUACAUCACUUCAACUGACGUGUCCGUGGAGAUGCAUACGUCCUUCCCGUUAGCUUGGGAAUACCUGAAGGUAGCAGAAGAGCUGGGGAAACUCUGUCGAGAUGAAACAUUUGAGGAAACCAACUUCUAUCCCAACAACUUUGAACAGUUUGUGCAAGAUACAAAGGUAGAGUAG